AUGGCGGUUAAAAAAGGCGCCUUUAUUUUAUUUGCUUUCUACACACGGUUCGCGUGCUGCGAUUAUUAUCGAAUGGGCACCAACACAAACGCGGCAGAGGCGAUGCAGUUCCUACGCGAGUAUGAUAGGGAGGCAUCGGGGAUGUGCUACAGAGUAACAAUAUCGCAAUGGAAGUUCGUGACAAACAUCACAGAUUAUAAUCGGAGGAAGAUGCUCGAAGAGUUGGGUAUAAGCUCCAAGUUUGAGAGGUUGUCCUGGAGGAAGGCAGCUGCUUAUGACGCAACGAGGGUCUCAGACGCCCACAGCAGGCGGCAGCUCAUGAAAAUCAUUCAGAGCAGCAGAGCAGCUUUGCCAGACGAGCAGUUUUCAGAGCUACAAAACCUGGUAACGGAGAUGAAAGAGAUAUACAACUCCGCCAAGAUAUGUCCCUUUGGCGAGAAGCCCUACGAUCCUCAUAUACCUCGGCUCCCGCCUAACGACCAACCGGAGAUCACGCUCAACCAACAUUAUCAUUUGAAGAAUCAGCCUUUUCAGCAUUACCAAUUGAAUCAGGAGGUAACCGAAUAUCCAAGCUACUGCGACAUGCAAUUAGACCCAGAAAUAUCCAGGAUCCUGGCUCACUCGCGAAUCGAGAGCGAGCUCCUUUACGUGUGGAAGAGUUUCCGGGACCAGACGGGCCCGAAGCUGAAGAACCGUUUCAUGAGAUACGUGCAGCUCGCGAACCAGGCUGCUGUCAGUACUGGAUACAAAGACGCGGGAGACCAAAUGCGAAACGCGUACGACGAUACCUCGUUUCGGGAGAGCGUCGAAGAAAUCUAUAACCAAGUGUCCCCUCUUUAUAAGCAGCUCUUCACUUACGUGCGAAGGAAACUAGUGCAGAGGUAUGGAGAGAACAGCGUGAGGAGCGACGGUCCUAUACCAGCUCAUUUAUUGGGCAACAUGUGGGCGCAGAACUGGAAGUCAAUUAUGGACCUGGUUAUGCCUUUCCCUCAGGCGCCGAACAUUGACGUCACAGCUGAGAUGCUUCGGCAGGGAUUUACCCCACUGAGGCAAGACUCUGUUUCUUUAUUACCUUGUGGUCUUAACGCUUAA